AUGAUAAUACGUUCGCUCACGAGACGGCCUGGUGCCCUUCAGUCCUUGGCACAGAGCGCAUGCAGAGCUCCCCAUGCACGACGGAUACACCAAGUCCCAACGCUGCUGAACCACACUGAGCUGCAGGAAAAUGGCAUCCCGGGGCUGUUCAGCAGGAAGCAAUUCGAAAUUGCCUACACGCAAUAUCAGGGUCACAUCAUCAAUGCGCUGAACACAUCCACGAGUGGCUCCGCGUACCAGGACAAAGACCCCAAGUCCCUCGUCGUCGAAGUGGCACGCGACCCCAUGAUGGCCUACACCUUCAACGUCGCCUCCAUGGCUUUCAACAACCACUUCUUCUUCCGCGGCAUCAACACCAACCCCAACGUCUCCUCCACGCCCUCCGACGAAAUCCUGCCCCUGAUAAACCGUAGCUUUACCUCCCUCGAGUCGCUCCAAGAAACCUUUAUCCUCUCAGCCGACUCAAUGUUCGGCCCGGGCUUCACCUGGCUUGUUCAGACUAAUGACGGCCUGAAGAUCCUCAACACCUACAUCGCCGGCAGUCCGCUUCCCGGCGCGCACUACCGAAAGCAAAGCGCAGACCUGAACACCGAGAGCCCCCAGUCGUACGCGGGCGCGUUCGGUCCGAAUUCGAGGAAUAAGGACGUCAAGAAGCAGAAGGCGCUUGGCGGUGUCGACGUAACGCCGCUGCUGUGCGUCAACACGUGGGAACAUGUGUGGCUGCACGACUACGGCGUUGCUGGCAAGAUGGACUUCCUGCAGAAGUGGUGGAAUAAGAUCGAUUGGGCGCAGGUGGAGCAGUAUGUUUCAAAGGAGAAGGAUCAGUCGAGGAGCGCGGGGCAGGGUUUCAGGCAGUUCUAUAGCAGCUAG